AUGGAUAUUAUAUACAAGAAUAAAGCCAUCAAUUCUCAUGUUAAAUCAUCAAGUAACUCAAACAUGAUGGCAAGUCCUUUUUCAACUAAUACGCCAUUAACUUGUAGGUCAAUUAUUUAAUUGGUUCCUUUAAUCAAAUCAUCUGUUAAGAAAUAAGAAAUGAAUAAAUUUAUUUUAAAGGAAAGAAGAGAAUAUGAAAAGAGAAAGCAAAUAGUAGAAUCAGGAUAGUUAACUUAGAGAGGCAUGACCAAGUAUCUCAAACCGAAUAGGUUGAAAUGGUAAAAAAAUGAACUUAAACUUUGUGAUACAAUAAUUGAAACAAAAUUGAAAAUUGCUGAUUUGAUAUUAAAUAGUAAAGGAGGACAAUCUCGGAAGGAUAUCUUAAUCGAAAAAAUCUAGACUCAGAUCGAAAGCCCUAGACAAAUCAUUAGCACAAGAACUAUUAAGAGUGAACAUAAUGUUCAACAGUUCAUGGAUAGAAUAAAGUUUUAGACUAUCCCCUUUAAAUUAAGAUCAGAUCACAAAUCUCCCUCGAAAAUUAAUCAAUCUCAAAAAAUCAUCUAGAAUUUCACCACUACAUAUUAAACAGAAUGA